AUGCUUUUAAAUGGGGAUUUUCAAAGUUUUAAGUUUGAGAAUGCUUUGCCGGAUCUCUGCCCUGAGACACAAUUGAAUUUCAGGAAGUUCCUUCAAGCUGCGGGAAUUGAAAACAUGUUAAUUAAGGAUGGCCGUAGAAUAUCAGACACUGAAGUACUGAACGAAAUCAGAAAAGAGGUUGCCGUCUUGUCCAUGACUGAUGAUGAUGGUCGGCCCUCCUCGUUGAUUCCGGCUUGUAUUAAUGGUGAUGAUGAGGCCGUGAAAGUACUUAUUUUUCUGGAGAGUGUAAUGUAA